AUGAGUGAGCCAAAGGUCACUUACUCAACUGUGAGAAUUCAUAAGUCUUCAGGGUUGCAGAAACUAGUGAGGCAUGAGGAGACUCAAGGGCCCAGAGAAGCUGGCUACAGAAUGUGUUCAGUACGCUGGCAGCUCACUGUGAGAGCUCUUGGAAUCCUCUGUUUCCUUCUUCUUGUAACUGUUGCUGUGUUGGCAAUGAAGAUUUUUCAGUAUAGUCAACAAUUGCAAGAACUCCAUGAAACUGUAUACCACCACCAUAACUGCAGCAUCAUGCAAAGUGACAUCAACCUAAAGGAAGAAAUGUUGAUAAAAAAGUCUAUAGAUUGUAGUCCAGGCGAGGAACUUCUGGAAUCCCUCAGUAGAGAACAGAAAAGAUGGUACAGUGAAACCAAGACUGUUUUAGUUACCUCACAGCACACAGACAGAGGUGUUACGUACUGGUUCUGCUAUGGUAUUAAAUGUUAUUAUUUCAUCAUGAACAAAAAUACAUGGAGUGAAUGUAAGCAGGAAUGCCAGAAUUACAACUUACCUCUUCUGAAGAUAGAUGAUGAAGAUGAACUGAAAUUCCUUCAACUCCAGAUUUUUCCAGAGAGUUACUGGAUUGGAUGGUCAUAUGAUAAGAAAAAAAAGGAAUGGGCAUGGAUUGACAAUGGCCCAUCUAAACUUGACGAGAAAAUAAGGAAAUUGAACUUUAAGCCUGGAGGAUGUGUAUUUUUAUCUAAAACAAGACUAGAAGAUACUAACUGUAAAAUUUCCAACUACUGUAUUUGUGGGAAGAAACUGGAUACAUUCCCUGCUUAACUUUCCAACCAGAGUU